UUCAAGUUCGCCAGAGCCGUCAUGUCCAGCCUACAAGGCUACGUCGACCGCCGCGUCCUGAUGCUUCUGCAAGAUGGACGCGUCAUCGUGGUUUGUUCUUUGCUUGCCCUCGUCAGUUUCAUUUCCCUUACCGAAAUCAAGGGCGUGAUGGCGGGCUUUGACCAAAAAUCUAAUGUCGUCCUCUCCGACUCGAAGGAGCGGAUAUAUAGCAUGGAAGAAGGGGUGGAGGAGGUGCCGCUGGGGCUAUACCUUGUCAAGGGCGAUAUGAUGUGCGCAAAACCAUUCGAUUUCACUGAUCUCUGUGUUCCUAAUGCUCGUUCCUCUUGCAGUGUACUCAUCGGCGAACUCGAUGAGGCUGUUGACCAAGCAGUCGACCUGGGGACGAUUCGCGCUGAACCAAUUCCCCCGAUCCGAUAUUAG